AUGGCUACCUCUCUCAGAAUUGGUACCGCUCUGCGGUCCUCUGUUGCGAAGCCCGUGCAGUCUGUGGCCUUCAACGGCGUGCGCUGCUACUCUUCCGCGAAGGCCAAGUCCCUCAAGGAGACCUUCGCCGACAACCUGCCUGCCGAGAUCGAGAAAGUCAAGAAGCUCCGCAAGGACUUUGGCAACAAGGUCAUUGGUGAGGUCACCCUUGACCAGGCCUACGGUGGUGCUCGUGGUAUCAAGUCCCUUGUCUGGGAGGGCUCUGUCCUCGACUCGGAGGAGGGUAUCCGUUUCCGUGGUCGCACCAUCCCCGAGAUCCAGAAGCUCCUGCCCAAGGCUCCCGGUGGUGAGGAGCCUCUGCCCGAGGGUCUCUUUUGGCUUUUGUUGACCGGCGAGAUUCCCUCGGAGCAGCAGGUCCGUGACCUGUCGGCCGAAUGGGCUGCUCGCUCCGACAUCCCCAAGUUCCUGGAGGAGCUCAUCGACCGCUGCCCUAGCGAUCUCCACCCCAUGGCCCAGUUCUCGCUGGCCGUGACCGCUCUGGAGCACGAGUCGGCCUUCGCCAAGGCCUACGCCAAGGGUAUCAACAAGAAGGAGUAUUGGAGCUACACCUUCGAGGACUCGAUGGACCUGAUCGCCAAGCUGCCCACCAUCGCUUCCAAGAUCUACCGCAACGUCUUCAAGGACGGCAAGGUCGCCCCCGUCCAGAAGGACAAGGACUACUCCUACAACCUGGCCAACCAGCUCGGCUUCGGUGGCAACAGCGACUUCGUGGAGCUGAUGCGCCUGUACCUGACCAUCCACUCCGACCACGAGGGUGGCAACGUCAGCGCUCACACCACCCACCUGGUCGGCAGUGCCCUGAGCUCGCCCAUGCUCUCUCUGUCUGCCGGUCUUCAGGGUCUGGCUGGUCCUCUCCACGGCCUGGCCAACCAGGAGGUCCUCAACUGGCUCACCAAGAUGAAGCAGGCCGUUGGCAACGACCUUAGUGACCAGUCGAUCAAGGACUACCUGUGGUCCACCCUGAACGGUGGCCAGGUCGUGCCGGGCUACGGCCACGCCGUCCUGCGCAAGACUGACCCCCGCUACGUGUCGCAGCGCGAGUUUGCCCUGCGCAAGCUGCCCGAUGACCCGAUGUUCAAGCUGGUCAGCCAGGUCUACAAGAUCGCCCCCGGCGUUCUGACCGAGCACGGCAAGACCAAGAACCCCUUCCCCAACGUUGACGCCCACUCCGGUGUCCUCCUUCAGUACUACGGUCUGACUGAGGCCAACUACUACACUGUCCUGUUCGGUGUGUCGCGCGCUCUGGGUGUCCUGCCCCAGCUGAUCAUCGACCGUGCUCUGGGUAUGCCCAUUGAGCGCCCCAAGUCCUUCAGCACCGAUGCUUUCGCCAAACUGGUUGGCGCCAAGCUGUAA